CUCACGCAACAGGAAACAAAGGAGGUUCAUGAAGUGAUGGCAUUCCAUUCUUCUUAGCAUUCACUCUCUUUCUCUUUCUCUUUCUCUUUCUCUCUUUCUCUUUCUCUCUUUUCUCUCUUUUUCUUUAUAUAUUUUUUUUUCUAUCAUUUUAUUUUAUUUUUAUUUUUUUUUCCUCUAUUUUCUCACUUGGACGCUAUUGUUACCACCUACAUCCUCCAAAUUCCCCCAAAACGCCAUUGAUAUGGUCCUCCAAUUUCAUUCAUGGGCCUCGGCCGUUGAGGCUCCCUUUUGGCAAGUUUUGACUCAACGCAAGAUGGACGUCUUCAAGCUCGAUGACUCGCUCAAGUCUAUUUUUGGAUACUAUGCUACAGGGCAUCAGGUCCGUGUUCCCGGCAAAGACGCCACUGUUGCUCUGCCUGCACGUCUCUGUCUUGGGACAGGGGCAUUCCCAGACGUUUUAGAGUCUGAACAUGCGUCAACAUCCAGGGCACCAGCCUUCACAUACCCUGCUCCUGGCCUCGUUAAAAAUACAAAUACCAUUGAAGACUUCAAAUCAAUAGAUAGGACUGCAUUGUUCAAGAUGACCGUUGAUCAGAUCUGGGAAGACAUCACAUCUGGAAAGGCGGUGCUUGAUCCAUCACUUCUCAAUAAAUUCCUACUUCUUACAUUUGCGGACCUCAAGAAGUUCAAAUUCUUUUACUGGUUCGCGUUCCCGGCCUUGGUGGCCGACCCUGCAUGGACUGCUGGCGCAUUUCAGGACAUUGGUUCUGCUUGGUCACAGACAUACAUUCAAAACCUACAUGUUCAACUAAAUCGAUACCGCGAAACCUAUCCUCUUUCUCAGCAUGGCUUCUUUCUCAUCAAAGAGAGUUCCGACAACUCCUCAAUGUCCACAACCUUGGUCGCACGUCUUCAAGAUUGGGAUACAUUUUAUGCUGGAUGCAAUCCUGAGCAGAUCGUUGUUGGAUUUGCAGAUCCAUCAUCGCUAGAUAGCAAUCCUGGGUGGCCUUUGCGAAAUUUCUUGACUCUUCUCUAUUACCAAUGGAGGGUUUCCAAAGUCCGAGUACUGUGUUUCCGUGAAGUCCCUGGCAAGCAGGACAUUAGUGCUAGCAAGAUAUUUACAGUGGAGGUUCCAUCCUAUGUCCCUCUUUCCACUUGUCCAAAGGCCGUGGGAUGGGAAAAGAAUGCUCAAGGAAAACUUGGCCCACGUCUUGCGGACCUAGCUCCUCUGAUGGACCCAACCCGACUUGCAGACACUGCUGUAGAUCUGAAUUUGAAACUGAUGCGAUGGAGGUUGUUACCGGAUUUGCAAUUGGAAAAGGUGCAGGAAACACGGUGUCUACUCCUAGGAGCUGGAACUCUGGGAUGCUAUGUCGCCCGCUCAUUGUUAGGAUGGGGUAUCCGUAACAUUACAUUAGUUGACAACGCCAAAGUGUCGUUCUCGAACCCAGUCCGACAACCUCUCUUUGAGUUUGAGGAUUGUUUGGAGGGCGGAAAGGAUAAGGCGAUCACCGCCGCGGCUAGUCUCCGGAAGGUGUAUCCAGGUGUUAAUGCAGUGGGCCAUACCUUGUCAAUUCCAAUGCCAGGACAUCCUAUCAGUCCUCAGCUGUACGAGAGUGUUCAGAGAGACGUUGAGAAAUUGGAGGACCUCUUUCAGCAGCAUGAUGUCAUAUUUUUGCUUAUGGACAGUCGCGAAAGCCGUUGGCUCCCAACACUUUUAGGAGCCAGGAUGAAGAAGAUUGUUAUUAAUGCAGCACUUGGGUUUGAUACUUUUCUGGUGAUGCGUCAUGGCAUUGGCCAAGAUCAUGAAUACCAUGCUUCUUUCGGCUCCUCACCAUUGGGAUGUUACUUUUGCAACGACGUUGUUGCGCCUACAGAUUCGCUCUCGGAUAGGACUCUUGACCAACAGUGCACAGUGACCCGCCCAGGACUCUCAGCCAUAGCAAGUGCCGUAGCAGUUGAGAUGCUAGUCUCACUCUUGCAUCAUCCCGAUGGAAUGCGCGCGCCUGCUGAUAAGGCUGAUGAUGAAGGCGAUCAGGAAGGAAGGACGCAGAAUAAUCAGGUCUCUACACUAGGUUUAUUACCACACCAAAUCCGUGGGUUCCUGUCGCGGUUCAAGAAUCUCUUGAUUUCAGGACAAGCCUAUGAUCGGUGCACAGCGUGUUCUGAUGCUAUUCUGGAAGCAUAUGAAAAAGAAGGGUUUGGGUUCUUGGCCAAGGUCUUUCAGGAUGCAAAGCAUCUGGAGGACGUGACUGGAUUGACUCAGAUGAAGGAACAAAGUGAGGAGCUGAACAUGGAAUGGGAUGAGGACUCUGACGAGGAUAUAUAACAAGAUAAAUACUUUUUUUUUUAUUUUUUUUUUUAUUAUUAUUAAAAAGUUAAUAAAGCACGCG